AUAUCCAGGGAGUUGAAAGCUUUACUCAGCGUAUUCGACAAGUCCGGCAUCGAGCAAUUCGGCAAAUCUCUUGCCGAUGCCGGCUAUGAACUGAUCAGCACAGGCGGCACUCACCGCAGCCUCGCCGACGCCGGUGUUCCCGUAACUCAGGUGUCCGACGUCACCGGUUCGCCCGAAAUCCUGGACGGCCGCGUCAAGACGCUGCAUCCGGUGAUACACGGCGGCCUGCUGGCGCGCCGCGAUUUGCCGGCACACAUGGUCGAGUUGGAGCAGCACGGCAUCGGGGCUAUCGAUGUCGUUGUCGUAAAUCUCUAUCCCUUCGUCGAAACAAUCAGCAAAGCCGGCGUCACGCUGGACGACGCCCUGGAGAACAUCGACAUCGGCGGCCCCACGAUGCUCCGCGCCGCCGCCAAGAACUUCCCUUCCGUCGCCGUCGUCGUGGACCCUUCCGAUUACUCGUGGGUCGCGGACGCGUUGUCCGGUCCCGGAUUGGACGCCCAACAGCGACGCGGCCUAGCCGCCAAGGCCUUUCAGCACGUCGCCGUGUACGACGCCGCCGUCGCCGGAUACCUUUCUAACGAUCCUGCUUCCGAAGAGGAAAUGCCUGUGCAGGUGACCAUCGGCCUUACCCGGGUGGCCAGCCUGCGCUACGGCGAGAACCCCCACCAGAGGGGCGCCUUGUACGUCACCGCCGGCGGAGGCCAGGGAGGUCUGGCCCGGGCCACUCAAUUGCACGGUCGGGAACUGUCCUUCAACAACCUGACGGAUGCCGACGCCGCCUGGCGCACUGUCAGCGACUACGGCGAUCCCUCGGUGUGCGUUAUCAAGCACGCCAACCCGUGUGGCCUCGCGUCGCGCGACGACGUUGCCGAAGCGUAUCAACUGGCCUACGAGGGUGAUCCCAUAUCCGCCUUUGGUGGCAUCGUCGGUUUCAAUCGCAACGUCACUGCCGCCGCUGCCCAGGCCAUGGACCCCGUAUUCUACGAAGUGGUUGUCGCGCCCGGAUACGAUGACGACGCUCUCGAAAUCCUCCGCCGGAAGCGCAAUCUGCGUAUCUUGACCGUCGACCCGGUCGCCGGUUCCCCGGGUUCCGUGGAUUACGAUGUCCGUCCUCUCAGCGGCGGUGUCCUGGUACAAACUCCCGACGUCGUUGAAGAGUAUCCCGAUGCCUGGACUACCGCCACCGAGCGUGCUCCAAACCGGUCGGAGUUGGCGGACUUGGCCUUCGCCUGGAAAUCGGUGAAGCACAUCAAAUCCAACGCCAUCGCCUUCGUCAAGGACCGUACCCUCGUCGGCAUGGGCGCCGGGCAACCCAACCGCGUGGUCAGCGUGCACCUGUCACAGCGCGCCGCCGGCGAAAAAGCCGCCGGGUGCGUCCUGGCCUCCGACGCUUUUUUCCCAUUCCCCGACAACAUCGAUCUCGCUGCCGAGGCAGGGAUCACCGCCAUCGUCCAGCCCGGCGGCUCAAUUCGCGACGACGAGGUGAUUGCCGCGGCCAACCAGGCCGGCAUCGCCAUGGUGUUCACCGGCGUUCGUCACUUCCGCCACUGA